UUAGCCUCUCAUAGUCUUCUGUCUGGCUAUGUAAGGUCAUCUGUCUAAUUUAUAAUUAGAUUCAUUGAUUUUUGAAGACGACGUCCUCGCUGAACCUAAAGAGAUAGAAGAAAAAGACGUGGAAUCAAUUGAAUAGGUGAGAACAAAAAGGGUCCAAGUCACAUUUAUUUUUCGGAAUUUUUUUUUUUCACGGAUACGGGGCUUUCAAAGUACAGCGGAUCGACUGGUGAUGUCCGAUUUCCGCAAAACUGCCGGGAAAGUGGUAUUUGGGUACAGAAAAGAGCCGGAUCCGCAUUGAUGACUUUUUUGUUAAAUUUUUUGAAUUCCUUGAAAAAUAAGUAACAUUUUCUGGGAGACCAUUUUUUGAAAUUUAAGUUUAUCUCUGUACUGAAAAAAGAAGAAAAAUUAACAACUUCGGCAAAAAGUCUCAUAUCGCAAGGGGUUUUUGGUCAAUUUAAAGGAGAUAGCAGUCUAAGUGAUGUACUUAGGUGUAGAAUCAAGCCCCAUUCGUGCCCGAGCAAUUUUAAGAGAAAUUUUGGCGAUUGAGUGCAUAAAGGGUCUAAGGCCCAUUUGUUUAGGCAGCAACAGCGCCGGCGAACGUGAAUAUUUUUUUUUUCUAAACACUUGGGGUCCUCUUUCAAUGACCUUAAGUAUGUUUACCAAAAAAUUUUGAUUUUCAAAUGAAUCAGUUUUUUGUUAUUCCUGAAAAAUACGAAAAUGGACUUAGCCCCUUUCUGUUCUCACCGAUUCAAUUAAGGAGGCCUAUAUAUUAUAUUUUAAUCAUAGAAUUUCUCCGACUGGGAAAGAUUUCAUUUUUCAAUAAAAAUAAAAUUUAGUAAUGAAUAAUGUAGCAAGAAAAGAAACAAGUAGGUAUGAAGCCAAUAAAGCUUUAAAAAUGAAAUAAAUUUAAAAAAAUGAGUUAUGGCCCUCUGCACAUUUUUUCAUCUUCGACUUCAAAAAAAAUGACCUCGACAAAAACAAACAAUAACUUUAACAAAAACAACCAUGCAAUCAAAAAUAACGAAACUUUAGAAUAAUUAUUAAAAACAGUCCAUGGACGUUAAAUUUAAAAGUUCAUAUUUACCAAAACCAAAAAAUUUAAUGCACCACAAACCACUGGGAGAUUUCCAAAAUAGCCUAAUUUACGAAGAAUAGUGUUAGUAUAAGUAGAUAUCUAUACACAAAAGGACAUAAUUGACUGUAAUGAAAUCUGCGAUGCUAAAUUUGUACUUAUCGACUUGGGAAAGCAAAUGUAGACUUGAUUAAUGUGAUGAUUAUAAAAUUGCAUCAAAUGUGAAAGAAUGCAAUGUGCAGCGGUGUCCAUAGUUGAUACCAAAUCUACAUAUAUUCUGUUUGAAUUCGAGAGAAAAAGGGAAAAAUCAGCUUACCAAAUCCUAUGGAACUCGUGCUCCGUGUUAAUUGUAUAAUCUGUGGCUGACAGCUGUUUCACGCUUAAAAAAAGAACCGAAAUUGAAAUUAUAUACAUAUAUGAAGUGCAUGCCCAUGCACUUCUAUCCACAAUUAAAAUAUUAAAAUGUACAUCGAAUAACUUUGUAGAUUGACUUGGAACUUGAGACUGUUCAUUCCAUAAUAUUGAUUUUGGACCUAUUUCGUCAUUUCUUAUUCUCCUCUACCUCUUCACAUUGACCUCUGAUGCUAAUUACGCUGCUUAACAAAAUAAGUCAACAUACGAGUCGAAUUUUAAAUUCUUAUCAGCGAAUACCAAGUAUUGUUUAGUCAUUUUAUACGUAGAAACUGUUAUUCUUGAAAGACUAUUGCUUUUUCAAAGCUGAAAUAAUGUUUAAAGCUUAAUUUAUUAGUUGAAUAAAUGUGCACAAUGCUCAUAAAUUUUUCUAAAAAAAUUUAUAAAAUAAAUUGAAUAAUUUUGCGUUUGAAAAUUGAUAAAUUUCGAUUUAUGUAACAAAAAUUGUAGUUCGCAGCUUUCAUAAUGAGUGAAAUUUUUAGCGGUUGUUGAAUGAUGAAAAAAUAAAUAAAUAAAUAGGCCUUAAUAAAAAGAAAAAGAAACAAAAACCAAAGACAUGAAAAAUUUUCAAAUUUCAAGAAAUCAUGGAAUAAUGUUUUUUUUUUUGAAGAAGCCAUGUUGUACAUAUUCAAUGCACUAGAAAUCCACAAGAAAAUGAACAUGGAGAGUAUUCAGAGAAUUAUUGCCUACUCCCUUAUAUCAUCACCAAAGUAUCAUUUUUCGUUAACCUCUGGAAAAUGAUAUUCAUCAUGCAUCAUUUAUGCUCGUUCCUGAACUUGAUACCUAACCAGCUUUUCGUCCAUGAUCAAUUUAUAAAUGUUAUUUUGUCAUUGCAUUUAUCACACGUUUAUACAUUAUUGUAUGCUGUUAUUCAUUCCGGCUGAAGCAAGAAUAUGCAUCUGUUGACGAUUUUGAAAAAGUUUUGACAAUGGAUGUGCUUUAUCAGAGAAGAAAAAUGGUAUCUCCAGUUUCUAUUGAAAAACUGACAAAAAAAGUCAGCCGUGACCGAAUUUAUGAUGUUGGCGAUUACGUUGUUUAUGAAGAAAUUGCAUCCCAUCAAGAAUUUACCGAUUUGAAUAUUCACAUUUUAUUCAGACAAGUCCAAGAAAAGCAGUUCUAUUCUAUUUACCAGUUUUGAUGGAGUAGCUCAUGUCAGUUGCAAAAUGAUCCAGUCAUGUUGAAAAAAAAAACCAGAAUGUGAUUAGAUGAAAAUUGAAGAAAUAACCAAUUUUAACUCCAAAAUAAUGAAGUCAUGUCAAACAAAGACAAGUUAAUACAAUAGCUGUGAAGAAAAAUUUAUGUGAUGAUAAACCUGAAAUCGCUGAAGAAAAAUGUGAUGAGGUGAAAAUUGAAGAAAUAUCAAAUAUCAACUCCAAAAUAAUGAAGACAUGUUGAACGAAGAAAUACUGAUGUAAUGAAAAAACAUGGCAGAAGAAAAAUUUAUGUACUAAAAUACGACGAGACACGAAAAUUGAAGAAAAGAAAACGAAGACGUCGAAAAAAAGAACCAACGAAAACAUAGAAAUAAAAGAACAAAAACUGGCCAAAAAGGAAGAAAAAGUGAAAAUGUAAAAAAAAAACAAUAAAAAGAAAAAAGAAAUAAAAAUAAUGAAAAAACGAAAAAAAGUGAAAAAAAUAGAAAAAUUAAAAUUAACAAAAGAAGAAUUGAAAUGGAAAAAAAAGAAACAGAAAAUAACAAAAUGAAUAAGAAGCCGCCAAGUUUCAUUUAUUAUGUUUGCUGUGAUUAAAAAAAGAUCUAUUUUUCUUUCUCAAUAAGUCUGAUUUUGCUCAACUUGGUUUUGAAUAAUAGCCUAGCUGUAUUUAUUUUUUGCUCAAUUAUCUGGAUCUUAGGUAUUGAUCGAGUGUUGCCAAUUAAUCGUCAUGAAAUCGCUUCAGAUGUCUUUAUUUCCAGCUUUUCAUCACCUGAUAUUUGAAGCAAGAGAUGAUGUGUGAAGAGGAGAGAGGACGAAAUUUUAUCUAUUGGGAAAAAAAUGCAUAAAAAUACCUAAAUUGUAAAAUGAAAUGAAAUUAAAAUAAAAAUAAAAAUAAUAUGGAAGAGGGGCAUUUCUUUUGUGUUCCCUAGUCGAAUUUCGAACUAAAAAGACUCACGAUCAGUUGUAAAUUUUUCUCAUAGCUACAAUGUAGUAUGUCUCCCUACUUCGAACAUUUUACGAAAAUUUCACAAAUUUAAUGAUCAGAGAAAUUCAAUUUAAAUGUCAAGUAGAACAUUUUAGGAUUCGCAGAGCUCUUUCGUAGAUUUGGAUUCAAGUGCUUGCCUAUCUUUUUUACUUAAUUUUAAAUGUAGGAUAAAAAAUACGAAAAAAAUAAAGCUUCAGAUUAUCACAUCGUCAUUUUUUUUUGUUAUGGGGUUGAAAAAUUACCACCAUUACUAUUACACUGAUGAGUGAUGAGCUUCUAAAAUACUUUCACCAAAUCACCAAUAAUGCAACAUUUUUGAAGAGAAAUUUGUCGAUUGAAAUCGGUCAACACUGCCUAACUUUUUCUCUUAUUAGAAGAAAAAUGACAAAAAUUUUCAAACAAUUCGUAUCGCUGUCAUCGUUUACAAAAAACAAUAAUUAUUUGAACGUUUUUUGGCGGCUGCGUUUCACUUUUGAAGCUCAUACGAUAUCCUGAUACCGAUGCUGCCUCAUCAUUUCUACACUUUGAAAAGCUAUAAAUUUCGAGCGGUGCGCAUGUACGUGGACGUUUUUGUGAUAUAUGGUCGUUUCGCUGAUUUCCUCCUUUCUUGCUGAGACUUUGAACGUAACUCCGGCAGUGUUUUCCUUCGUUUCUUCUUAGCACUGCAUAUCGUAGCUUAGUUCAUUGGACUUGGCUAAUUAUACGUGAUUUUUUUAUCGCGAUUGUUUUCUCAAUUCCGGCGGCAUCAUCGUCGAUGUAGUGAAGAGACAGAGAAAGAAGGGAAAAGAAAAAAAGAAGUUCUUUUGAAGCACUUCGCUAAAAGAAUGAAGAAUACAUAAUCUGACACGUGAUUUGGAUUUUUCAAAUUGAACAAUCUAGAUUAUUACAGACUGAUUUCUUGGAAAAUGUUCCAGUCGUCGUGAGCGCACGGUUUCCUUAAAAAUAGAAAAGCUGGAUAUCAUGAGUGAUCAAGAACGUAUACGAAUCGUCCUACUGGGCGAUUCGGCUGUAGGGAAGAGCUCAAUUAUUAAGAGAUUUCUAUUUAAUACAUAUAACGAUAAAUAUAGAACCACCAUCGAAGAUUUAUUUAGCAAAGAAUUCGAUCUCGGAGUAACCACAAUUAAGGUUGACAUAUUCGACACAUGCGGUGAUUUCCAGUUUCCGGCUAUGCGACGUUUGAGUAUAGCCACUGCUCACGCUUUUCUCUUGGUGUAUUCUACGCUGUCGUUAGAAUCAUUUAACACGUUGAAGCGCUGUUUCGAAGAGAUUCGGCAACAGAGGUCCGAUUAUCAGAAUAUACCAAUUGUGGUCGCCGGAAAUAAAGUGGAUUUAGCCGCCGAACAACGCCAAGUUCAUAUAGAAGACGUGUCCGAAUGGCUUUAUUGUGAUUUGCCAAAACUAAGGGCAAAACUGGUCGAAUGCUCAGCCAAAGACAACUACAACAUCAAAGAAAUAUUCAAACAGUUUGUGAUACUAUCGCGAAUAUUGUUAAAUACCAACGACGAAUCGUCGCUGAAACGCCGUUCAAGCGCUUACGUCAGCGCUACCAGUAAAAAUAGUAAAACUUGCGCCAGCUCGACGACUUUAUCGGUAAACGACGAGUCUUCCCACGAAGCCUGCUCUUCGGGAUCGGAAACAUCGUUACGUCCCAAACCGCGAAGUCGAAGCUUAAUUCGAAGGUGUAGCAGGAAAACCAAACAACAAGUUAGGGAUACCGGCGAAGUAGACGACUGUAUCGUUUCUUAAGAAUAAAUUUUUCAUAUCGGUGUGAUAAACAUGGCUUUGUAUGUAAUCUUUAUCAGAUAAUAUCCAGUUUUGAUAAUUUUUCUUUUUUUGUUUGUUCGUUUUUUUUUCUAUAAGUAAAUUUUUUUCGUCGUGUGAUCGCUUCGUUCGUUGAUAUUGAAAACAAACACCGUUUUUAAAAUCGUUUUACUCGAUUGAAUUUUUUUUUCUAACUUUAAUUUAUUGUUAUUUCGUCAGAUUUUACAUAUUGUCGUCAAUUCGAUUAAAUUUCGGAACUGUUCUGCUGCGUGUGUCCCAUUUAUCUAAGUCGAAUGUCAACGAGGGCGUAGUUUCGCAUUUAUGUAUGUGUAGGUACUUAUUUGAAACUUUUACCUACUUAUAGCGUAGCAGGAGUGCGAGCUGCUUUGAUGAGGAAAACAAAGGUUUUGCCGGAGGCCGGAAGUUACAUAGAUAUUGUGUGCUUUUGGUACGAUCAAAUACAUUCGACGAGUCAUACGUAUUCUGAGUUGGUGUAUCGUUGAAAAAUCUAAGUUACAUAUCCUGGUGCCAUUUUUUUUCUUGUUUACAUUUUUUACUUAUGAUGGACUAAGUAUUUCUACCAUCUUCUAAAAUUCGCGAUAAAUAUUGAAGAAUUAGUCAAGCAGCUCAUUAAAUUUAUCUGGAGGAAGAGGAGGCUGAGAUUGAAUACAUUUUGAUAAUUUUGAGAAAUUUUGAUUUUUGUUGUUUUUUUUUCCUGUUUAGAAUAUUGAUUUUCAAACAGUUUGAUCACACAAACCCAAUUCGAAGGAAUAGGUUGAUUUUGGAAUUUUCCAAUUGCCCUUCUUUUCAUGGAAUGUGUGUUGUUAGGCUACGCAUCAUAGGUAUUCAUCAUUCAUUAUUUUUCUUUACUUCUUCAAAAUUCUUGAUGCAGGAAAAAAGUACCCAGUCCAUUAAAAAUAUAUCUUCGUUGCUGGUCCUCUUUUUAAAGGAAUAAGAAAUCGUAAAUGAGAAAAAUGAAACAAGUCUGCGCUAUUUUAUACGGAAUGAAAAUAUUGAGUACCCCUGACUAAGGUGAAAAUUCGUUUCCGAUGAACAAGAAGGGUUUAAAGAUCCACUACUUUUCUUUUUCAAUUCAUAAGUAAUUUCGUUCCUUUUAUUUCAAAGAAUUGAAAAAUACCUACCUGCUCAUAAAAAUGAUAUUUCUGAUGCCUUACUAUAAAAAAAAAAAAAAAGGAGUGAAAAAUCGUUCAAAAUAUUUCUGACGAAUGAAAAUGUUUACAUUAGGCCCAGCUUUAUAAAAAUUUCUUAAUUUAUUUUUUUUUAAUAAAAUACCUAUUAAAUACAAAUUUUCUGGUCAAUAUUGUAUAUAGGCACCCACUCACUCAUUUAAGUAAAAUGCUCCAAUUUUGAAACUCCAUUUUGUGCUACAUGUUUCGUACUCUACCAGAGGCAGCCUUUUUAGCUUUUCUGGGUCGAGAAAUUUAACAAAAGAUAUUCUCACGAGGACUUCGUUCCACCCUAAAUUGUCUAUUUCGGAAAUGGAAAAUAAAUAGUGUAUUUUUCACGCCGUUUAAAAGCGCAGAAAUAAAGAAAACAGAAUAUUUAAUGCUGACGAUCUGGAGAAAAAUAAUUCCAAGUUGCUGUUAUACCUAUACGAGCCGUCAUAAAUUACUAAUUUCCAUUUCGCUGUACACAUAAAUGAUUAAUUACUAUUUCAUUACCUCGCGCUUACUUGCUUUUGAUACUACAAACGAUAUUUGAAAUGGGUGUAAGCCGAGAUAACACCAUUAAAAGUCAAUAUUCAAAUUGAACCUCGUAUAGUUUCCACACUUGCAUUUUGGUAAAUUUCACACGAGUGAGAGAAAUACAUACCAGCCUAGGUAUAGGUACUUAGGUACCUCUACCUAGCUACGUAAAAUCCUCUUUUGUAACUAUAAGUAUUUAAUUUCGAAUUUUUAAAUCGAAUUUUUUUCUCGAGUAUACGUAUAACGUAGAAUUUUAAACGCUCGUUUGCAAACGAUUAAAUAUGUAGCCUAUUUAUUUUCCCCCUUCGUUAAUAUAUGCAUCAAACGAAGCAUAUACAUAUAGUACGUGGUGUGGUAUUAACUACUCGAACAAGUGUUUAAAUAAGUAAUCAAAUGAUGCGUGUUGAUAUGAAACAUUCAGCCAACAUUUCGGAUCAAUAUUGCAGAGAAAAGCUCCCUUAGGAAUUCCUUUUGUUUUCAUUUUCUUUGACGAUCGAUGGUAUGAGGAUUCGUUUAGAAAUCGUCUUUACUGCUGUGUCUAUUUGUACUUAAGUUCGCUGUCUUUCUCAGAAUAAGUUCCGUGUGCUUAUUUGCCGAAAUAAGGAAAUUUUCGAUUCAUGAUAUGGUAAUAGUGGAGAAAAAGUACAUCAAUAUUUUGUCAUGUCAACUCGUUCAACAUAAUAUAUCGAUAUAGUAGGUGUCCUUUUUAAUAUCAAUGUUUAAAAAUAUUUGGUGCCCUGAGCAACGUUUUUGUGCAGAAAAAAAAAGUUUAUAACUUUGAAAAUAGUUGAUUCAGUGUUACCAAUUUUUUUUUAUUCUUUUACGAUGAAACACCAAGUUGUCUGGCUGCCUAGUACGCCUCCUCUUUUAAAUCAACAACUAAAUUAAAAUUGAAAUUCCUGCAAGGAAUGAAAUGAUAACACCGACGCGACAAAACACAUUAUCGUAUGACUCGCUCGAUAGAGGUUUUUUUUCAGUUUUUAAUUCAUUUAAUUGUACAAUGUACAUACGCAGCAGUAGAACAGUGUCCUCUUUUUUGUCGAGAGUAAUUUUAAAUAUUAGAUAUGCUAGUCAUUUUUAUGAUAAUUGUAUACGUAAAGAUGUUGAUUUGUUAUCACUGUAAAUAGUAAAAACGUGGAUAAGUGUUUCAUCAAUUUAAAUAUUACCUAAUCUUCAUUAAAAUAUAUCAGCGGUCGAUGAACGUUAUCAUUUUGGGAGAUAAAUUUAUCAAUGUAAUGGUUUUAGCGUUGGCUAUUUUUAAUCCAUUAUUUUUGUACGAAUGUUAAAAUGAAGUAAAAUAGAUGAUUUAUCUAGUUUUUUGAAAAAUAGAAGUGAGUAAAUGACAAAUUUUUAGGUAGGUGUUUGUGCAUUCGAUCAAUGAAAUAAAUAAAACAUUCAAGGUUGAACCUGCUUAUUUUUUUUUACAAGCCAAAAUUUUAUGGGGAAAAAACAACAUUUCACCAAAUGAAUUUCUAAAAGAAUGAAAUUCGGUGAGUAGUACCCAAUUUUUGAUUCCUCAAAUCGAUUGGGAACACGAUCUCGAAUCAUUUUGAGCAGUUCUGGAGCUUUCAGUAGAUGUUUCAAGGUUGGAAUUUUCACAAGAUUUUACUCAAUGAAGUUGGGUACCUAAAAUUUACAUUACACCUUAAUUUCAACGUGCCAAGUCGACUGGAGGUGAAAAUUGGAAUUUCCAAAAAAGUUCCUACUUCCUAGAGGCUUCAAAAUGGUCAAAAACUAUUUUCAGUCAAAUCGACAAGUCAAGUGUUUUACUAACAAGUAGAGAAUCACGUUUAUACGUGCUAAAGUUGAUUAUUGAUGGUUUUUAUGACACUUUUUGAACUUCAUUCGGUAGACAUUUUACUUUUGAAAAUCUGCUGGGGCCUCCAGAACUAUUCCAAACGGUUCGAAAACAUUUCCAAACGAUUUGCGGAGUCCAAAAUAGGGUUAAUACCAAUUUUCAGCUUUCCUGCUCAAUGUGGUAAAAUUUUGAUUUUUCCCAUUUUUGACCCUUUGGUUUUCAAAAAAUUGUCAAAAAUUUAAAAAUGCAUUUCAGCCCCUUAAAUUUCGGUUGAUGCAUUUUUUCAUACACUCUCAAUUUAACUCUACCUGGUUCAAAAAAUGUUCUGCCAGGAGAGGAUCCCUCCCUUGUAAGAAAAUGAAAAGCUCCUGAUGGGGACAUUCGGACCCUCUAAGAGGAGGCACAACAUUUUUUCGAUCUAUCGCCUGCCCAACCUGUUUUGAGGCAAAUGACCCAGUUCCAAAUGAAAGUUUGUGAGAUUCUGCGUCGACAUGUGCUAUUGCUGUCAAAUUCGAAGACCACUUUUAGGGUAUACUGAGCGAUUAAAAAUUUUCAAUUCGCUUUUUUUUGGGCAAAAUGUUUUGAAAAUUGUUUCUUUUCAAAUAUUCCGCUUUAUUUAAACCAAAUCAUCAAAAGAUUUCAUCUUUGAAAGUGGGCAAACAUUUUGUAACGCAAUAGUGCCAACUUUAUUGGUCAUGAUUGACAAUUUCAAAAGAUCGAGAAAAAUUUCUAAACACUUUCAAAAUUUUUUCGAUUUCUUGAAGUUGGCCAUAAAGAUCAAAAAAUUGGCACCACUGGGUUCCAAAAUAUUUCUCCAAUUUCGGGAAUGAUAUCUUUCAAUAUUUUAGCAUAAUUAAUGCGGAAUAUUUAGCGAGGAAAAACUUUUCAAAAUACGAAUUUGCCCAAAAAUAGGCGAUUUAUAAAUUUUUAACCCCUCAGUAGAACCCUGAAAGUGGCCUUGGAUUUUGAGGUUAAUAGCAUAGAUCAACGUAGAAUCUGAAAUACUUUCUUUUGAGACAGAACCAUUUUUCCCAAAACAGAUUAGACAGGCAUUGAAGCGAAAUUUUUGAGGGCCCGUACGUCUCGUUCAGGGACACCUCCGAAGCUGAAUUUUUUCUUUGAUUGAAGAUCUUUGCUGAAUUUGGUCAAAAUCUGUCGACUUUUUUCUUCGAGAUCCAUACCUACUCACGUCAUAUAUGUAUUUUUUUGCUUUUCAUUUUUUCUUUCGGUUUGGAAAAUUCGACCAAACAUGAUUAAGUAUUCAGCCUCGAAUCGAAAUGUUCAUAAACCAUGCGAAACAAUAAUUACUCAAUUUUCGCGAUCGAUGAAUUCGAUGUGAUAACUAUCGCUGAUUACAACUUAUGUCGCUUUUCUUAUCGCCGAACUAUUUGUCAAUACAUCGAUAAUUAUUAUUCUCCAUUUUAUGCAUUACUCUCUAUAUAAUUUAAUAUUCAGAUUAGGCUUAUGUAUAGGCAAAGGCAAAUAUCGAAAAGUUUUGCAACACCUGGCAUGACGAGCAUUAAAACUCAUAACUACCUACUUCAUUUUAUCGAUUCCAAUUACCUACCCAGUUACGUUGAAAUUACCCAUAUUCUCACUUCAAAACCAUUAACGAUUUCGACCUCGAGCUUAAAAAUUAUUACAUUUUUUUCUCCUUUUAACGAAAAAAUUAUCGACCUAUAAGAUAAAUUUAUCGAACAAAAUUUCAAAUCGAAACUCGACCUUAGCACAUAAGUGGCGUAUUUUAUACGAUACCAAAGUUGAGAAGCAGUAUUACAAAAAAAAACGACCAUUAUAAGUGACUCCAAUUGUACAUAAUAAUUUUUUAAUAAUAUUUGAUAAUUAUUUUGGUAUAAAGAGAAAUUUUUAAUGUACGCUUAUUCAUUUUACCGCACAAUUGGCUCAAUGAAUAAGAAAUCUUAGAAAGAGUUUUCUACGAGCCCCAGAAAACAUCUUUCUUGAAUAGAUUUCUACAUGAAUUUUUUUUUUCAUUUUUUUUUUAAAGACAAUAUACCUAAGUAUUAUUUAAUUUAGCUUUUUAUUUAUUUCAUCAUUUGUAUAAUAUGUUUAUCUAUGUGUAGAAAUAAUGAGUAAAUAAAAUUAGGUGUUUUCUUCUGUAAUUUCUAAGUUCUUCGAAUGUAAUAAAAAUUGUCCAUGAAAUAGUGAAACAUAUCAAGUAUUUUGGUUUUCGAAUUCUAUCACGAAUGCUGACCGAAUCAAAAUUCGCGUUUUUUAAAAGUGAGAUUUUUUAAAAAGAAAUUUUACAUUAGUGCGAAUAAAUGAAUAAUGUACACAUAUCAGUUAUUCUACACUGCAAUAAUUUGCAUAUUAUUGUGUUAUGGAUUUUGAUAAGUUGAAAAAAAAUCGGUUUACUGAUUCUUCUUAAGUGGUGUAUUUCAAUCCAAACGAUGAUGGUAUUUUUUUUUUUUUUCGUACGAUUGAACGAGAUAGAUUCUGAUGUGAAAAUAACUCUUUAAGAGAGUGUAAGUAAACUCGUAUCGUAUUGCAUAUAUAUUUUUAGCUAACUUUGCACCUCGUUUCAAGUGUUACUAUUAGGAAAUUCAUUUUGUUCGUCUAUACGUAAGCAAGAGCCAUUAUUGCAUAAAUGUACCUUACGCGUGGAGAAUAAUUGAAUUAGCAUUUUGUUGCGACGCGACGUCAUUUCAUUAUAUGCAUUUCACAUACAACAAAAAGCAUUUUACAUUUCUCACUUUUAUUGGUAAUCUCGUUUAUGAAACGUAAGUAUGUAAAUUCUUAAAUUAAAUGUUUCACUAUGCGUAGGUGAGUUAAAAUAGUUAUAACGUCGAAUGUAAGAAGCGAUAAUACAAUUUUAAAAUCCGAGCUAAUGUAACGAUACUGGUGCAAGUCCAAUGCACACUCUUCUGAAUGUUUUUAGAAAAUUUCAAUUAACACAAAUUUAAUUAUUUCCUGGAACUUGAAUUAGCGUAGAUACCUACUCAAGUCAUCUCAUCGUACCACGAAUAAGUAAAUUUACCCACCUACCUAAACGUCAAAAAGCAAAAACAAAAAAUACAAGUGGGAUUUCAAACUAUAUUUGUGAAACUAUCGAGGACAAAGUUACCUACCUACUCAUUGUUGUGGGGGAAAUCAAGGCAGAAAUGAUCCCUUAAGUAACGUAAAAAAAAUAACUUGAAAGAUAAACGUUAUAUUAUUUUGUAUGCUGAAAUAAUAUUCGAAUGAAAAAUCGAACUCUUGGGUCUUGUGCAGCAAACUAAAUGCUCAUCGUUAAAAAAAAUUCCUCGCUUAGUCGAAGUUUCUUUGCUUUCAGAAUCGAACCACGUUGGAAAAUUUGAUAUUCACGUUGUAAUAACUUUUACACUUAUACAUUACGAAACCCAAUUGGUCUCAUCUUUCCCGUCUCUCUCUCUCUCUCUUCUCCUGCUUAAUAAAUCGUUUUAUAGGUGUAUAUACCUAUUCUUAUUCUUUUUGUUGUUUUAGUUUUGAAAAUUUUAAACAUCUCAUUCGAGAUUAGAUUUACCCUCGUUAUUGUUGUUUUUUUUUAGUGCAUCUGUUUUUUGUAUAAUUUGUUACGGAUGCAUUUUAAAAGAAAUACUCGAGUGUAUUCAUUUAUUCGGAAUAUGAAAUCGGUCAGAAUUCAAGGAUGUAUUUUACGUAGGUAUUAGAUUUAUUUCCUAAUGUACUAUUUUAGAGAUAGGUAGAGGUACUCUACCUUGUGGAACAAUUUAUAUUUACAUGAUUGUUUAAUGAUGUCAAGUUUUGUUUAUACCUACGUACGAAUAAUUCUAACACUGAAUGAUGUUAAUGUACGAUGAAAUAUUCAAUGCAUUGUAUAUUUCUGACAUUGGUUUGUAAAUGUAAUAAAAAUAAUUAAUUCGAA